UCAAAAGUAAUCCUAUGCUAAAAGAUGUCGCUAAGAUACAAAAAUUUUACAAUUUAAUAUCGAUAAGCGAAGAAUGAAAUUUCUCGGAAAUUUGAUAAUCUUUCAUUUAGGUUAUUUUAGUGCUCUCGACUAGUCCGACAUUGAAAUGGUGCUUGUUUUCCUCAUUCUAGAAUUUUGUAAAUAUCACGUUUCUUUUCGCAACAUUUCAAGUCAUUCCUAGUUUAAAAAUUACCAUCUAGUUGUCAAUACAAGUGUCAUACAGUACUGUCAAAAUGAGCAACCACAAGACAGUGCCAACUUCAAUAAAUUUCCUUUUUGGGGGCACUGCAGGAAUGGCUGCAACAUGUGUUGUUCAACCAUUAGAUCUGAUAAAAAAUCGAAUGCAGUUAAGUGGUACUAGAAUAUCUACAUUAAAUGUAAUAUCCUCGAUUUUAAAAAAUGAGGGUAUGUUAGCUUUUUAUUCAGGCUUAUCUGCUGGUUUAUUACGUCAGUGUUCAUAUACAACUACAAGACUUGGUGUAUAUAAUUGGCUGUCUGAACUAGCUUCAAAAGACAGCCAACCAAAUUUUAUUAUGAAAGCAUUGAUAGGUAGUACUGCUGGUUGUGUAGCAGCAAUUGUAGGUACUCCUGCAGAAGUUGCCUUAAUUAGAAUGACUGCUGAUGGUAGACUGCCUAUUGCUGAAAGACGCAAUUAUAAACAUGCAUUUAAUGCAUUAUUUCGAAUAGCUACAGAGGAAGGCUUUUUAGCUUUGUGGAGAGGUAUUAUUCCAACAAUGGGAAGAGCUAUGGUUGUAAAUGCAGCUCAAUUGGCAUCAUAUUCUCAAUCUAAAGAAUCUUUACUUAAGACUGGAUAUUUUCAAGACAAUAUUUCAUUGCACUUUGUAAGUUCUAUGAUAUCAGGUUUAGUAACAACUGCUGCUUCUAUGCCAGUUGAUAUUGCUAAAACAAGGAUUCAGAACAUGAAAAUUGUGGAUGGUAAACCAGAAUUUAAAGGUGCAAUAGAUGUCAUAAUUCGAGUAUCUCGAAAUGAAGGGAUAUUUUCAUUGUGGAAAGGCUUCUUUCCUUAUUAUAGCCGCUUAGGUCCACAUACGGUUUUGACAUUUGUUUUCAUGGAACAACUAAACAAUUUUUAUAAAACAUAUAUUGCUUAACAGUUAGAAUUAAUACACAAACAGGUAAUGAAUUAAUGUCAACAAAAAUAUUCCAAGUACUUCUUA